ACUUCGUUCAUCGUCACCGAGUCCUUGGCAUGGCUGAUUCUCACGAUCCUUUCCCGAAUGUCAAAGAAAAGCUCACCGCACGAACGAAAAAAUCUGCCUUCGAGAAAUCACGUCUCGAAGCGGAGGCGAAGAGACUUCGCGAGGAGGCUGAGACUGCAGCGGUAUACAAGGAUUUCGUCGCCUCAUUCGAGCAGGAGCCAUCGUGCUCAACCCCUGGUGCGAGCAACCUCAGUGGAACACGAGGAUCCCUUGGAAAUUCUAGGGACCCUACUGGUGACUCAAGAGGAGGAUUCCGGGGGAUCCCACCCAGUGGGCCUGGACGAAGACAUUUUACCUCCGCUCCAGCAAGAGGCAGUCAGGCAGCGAUACUCUUGAGCGGUCCUCAGAACAGAAAGCGAAAUAUCGACUCGUUGUUUGAAAGAGAGGAAGAAGUUGGUGUCUUCGGUUCAGCCUGCUUAAGUGAACGUGAGAAACGGAGGCUUCGAGAAUCAAAUAUUGGACUCCUCGCGUUCGAGAAUUCAGCUCCACCAAGCAGGAGCAAGGAUCAAUACUCUCACGACGAUGACUCUGAUUCCGACCCAGCUACCAAUACACACCCUAAACCUACCCUUCAGAUGACGUCUCUCCCACCAUCAACUACGAAACUCACCUUGACCGCACUCUUCUCUGCUACCGCUCUAAAACUAGAUUCUAUUCGUAUUAUUCCAGCCCCUCCUCCUCCAGGUCCUUCUCAGCCAUCCCCAUCGGUCCGAAAGGCAGCAUCGGCAAUCGUGAUGUUGUCCCCGGAGACUCCAUCCUCUGACAUCGAUGCUGCGGUGUCCAUGCUCAACGGUCGCUAUCUUGGCUGUGGAUUUUGGCUCGGAAUUGGUCGUCAUCUGCCAUCAACCGCAGUUGGCACUGUUGGCUCCGGACCUAUUCCAGCUGCUCUACAAACUUACCCCUUUGGAGCAAGGCCACCUCUUGCCGCAUCUCGGUCGCUCUCCCGCGCACCUCCCGUCCAUCGAGGAGGGUUCGCUUCUGCUUUUGGAUCGUCUCAUCGUGGGGUUAGUACUGGGACAAGCGCCGGAGGAGCGGGAAACUUGCUGGUUCAAGUUGAAGCACCGUCCGACCUCAAGGUGCUCAGGCUGAUACAUAAAACCAUCGAAUCUGUUCUAACCCAUGGUCCGGAAUUCGAAGCUUUGUUGAUGUCGUCUAAUAUCGUGAAGAAUGACGUCAAAUUUUCCUGGUUGUGGGAUGCUCGAUCCCCGGAAGGAGUUUAUUAUCGCUGGAAGUUGUGGGAAAUCAUAUCGGGCACACCUCGGGAACAAAUCGGUGGUGUCGAUAUGUUUGAACCCUCCUCUUCCCUGACAACUAUUUGGUCACCACCCCGGAGGAUGUUAAAAUACGAGUGGGCAGGGACACUGAGGGAUGUAAUAGAGGAUGAAGGUUUCAGUAGUGAGGAACUCGAAGACGACCGGGAUGACAGCGAUAGAGAAGAGGAAAUUGAACGACCGAUCGGGCUUAUGGGCAUUGGGGAAGAACGACGGGGUCGGGGUUAUUUGGGCGUACUUGAACGCGCAAAGUUAAUUCAUCUCAUUUCUAGGAUACCCACACAAACUAGUAAGGUUAGGAGAGGAGACGUGGGCCGAGUGAUGGCGUUCGCUAUGGAACAUGCUGAAGGGGGGAUGGGCGAAGAGGUUGUUACCGUACUUGUAGGCAAUGUGGUGAAACCGCUUGCAUUCUCCAAAGCUGCCAAAAGAGAGAACACUCCUGACGGUGACGACUAUAACGAAGUGGGAUCUGAAAAUAACGAGGGGAACCUUGAUACAUCGGCAGCCAAGGUAAUUGGCCUCUGGCUGAUAUCAGAUAUUCUUUCGAAUUCGUCCCUUGGCAUUCGGAACGCGUGGAGAUACCGGCAAUUAUUCGAUGUUGCGCUGCGUGAGAAGGGUGUUUUCAGUCAUUUAGGCGGAGUGUGGAAAGGGAGCGGAUGGGGUCGAAUGAAGGCAGAGAAGUUCCGGAGGGGGGUGGUCGAGGGGGUCCUAGAAUGGUGGGAGAAGUGGUGUAUCUUCCCACAAUAUACCCAGGAGGAAUUUCUGAGAGCAUUUACAGAACCGGUAGAUAGAGAGAAGACAAUAUGUGCACCCGGCUCUCAGCCCCCGACAGAGGGUACUAGCGCUACAGCCCCUGUGGUUCUAACCACUAAGAGCAAGUGGAAAGCUGUGGAGGCCAAGGCAGAGGCUUUCAAUGUGGAGUCUGCAGUUCUCGCAACAGCAGAGGAUGUGGACGGCGAGCCCAUGGCGGACGAUGACGUAGAUGGCGAGUCAAUGGUUGAAGACGUGGACGGGGAACCAAUGAUAGACGAAGAGGCUGAAAUGGAGCCUGAGACAUCAGACAAUCAUGACGGGUUAAUACUUGGUAGAAACGUUGAAGCAAUGAGCAACUCAUGCGGUAAGCCCGCAACGGGGGUGAUCAUGCAGGGUUUCAAAAUAGGAUCAACAUCGAGCACCGUUAAGGGAGGAAUGGGUCCAAGAAAGAGGAUGAGGGCCGAGGAUAUGUUUGCUGACGAGGAUGAUCGCUCAUAGGUGGUGAGCACUUUGUCGGGCCUAUAUACAUCUGGGGACGUUGUAUGGUAACAAUCUAUUAAUUUGUGCAA